AUGGUCUUAUUUGUUUUAGCAAUUAUAAUUAGUAUUGUUGUGGGGGUAACUUUGCUUGAUGAAAUAUGGCCGAAAAUGAAGGAAAUGGCAAUCAUAGCGGUUGGUGGGAGAGGAAAACAGAGAGUCCCCUGCAUAACAUUUAAUAAGGUGGAUAUUGUUGAAGCAUUGAAGUGGGCAAAGAAAAAAAGAACUUUAGGUUUGGGACUGACAAAUGGAUCCUACUAUGACAAUGGCUCAGCAUUUCAAUGUGUAAUAGCAGAUGAAGGGAUGAGGCAUAUGGGGCCAAUAACAUCACUAGCAGUCAACAUAUCAGAUAACAUUCUAUACUCAGCAUCUGUUGAUAAAACAGUGAAAGUGUGGAGAAUAUCAGACCUCAAAUGCAUCGAGAACAUCCCUGCACAUUCAGAACCAAUAAAUGCUAUCGUUGUGGCUGACGAUGGAAUACUAUACACUGCCUCUGAUGAUGCCACAAUCAGAGUUUGGCGUCGAAAUUUUUGUAGAGGGGAAUGGCCACAUUCGCUCAUGGUAACCUUACCAGCCAAAUGCUCACCUGUUAAAACUUUAACUCUAACUGCAGAUGGGGGAGUGUUAUACGGAGGGUGUACCGAUGGCUAUGUACAUUACUGGCUUAAGGGUUGGUUGUCAGGCCAAUUGCAAUACGGUGGCGCCCUCCAAGGUCACACUCAUGCAGUAAUGUGCUUAGCCAGUGUGUCCAAUUAUGUGAUUAGUGGUUCAGCUGAUUCAUCUAGCAGGGUUUGGAGUAGGGAACAAGAUGGUCAACAUGUUUGUCUAGCAGUUUUGGUAGGCCACAGAGGACCUAUCAGAUGUGUUACCGCAUUUUUGGGACAUUCAGGGGAGGAGGCUGAAGAUGGUUGCACAAUCUGCACAGGUAGUCUUGAUGGAGUCCUAAAGGUAUGGCGUGUAACACGUACAAAAAGUGCUAGUGGACGCUAUGUCAAAAAUGAUUAUUUUGAGUUGGACGAGGGAGUUUAAGUAAUUUGUCUUCUGAGAAGUGUACAGUAUAAUUGUUAAUCAUAAGACUUAAGGAAUUUUGUCUAUCUAGUUUAUACCAGUAAUCAAAAUUUUGAAGUAUACUAAUAAGCAAUUAAGAAUCCGGUUUAGUUCAGUUGGUUCUUGCAACAUAUUUAAGAAAUGGCAGGAUCCUUGAUGUUUUCAGGUAACAAUCUCCAGAUUCCCUGAUUACCAGCCAACAAGGAAAAUUAUU